GACUCCCUACGGGCUGGUCCCAGGAAUGUGUAUGCUGGUCAAUGGACAGGAGUCUUCAACAGAUCGUCCAACACCUGGAAAGUGCAAGAUCAAGUCUUAUGGAAUUGGGUUUGCCUGAACCACAGGAUACGAUUUCUUCUUCCACCUCCUCUGCUUCUGUGGCUCAGGGGCCUGUUCUACAGCAGCAUAAGACCCAAGUGACUAAUGUGGAGCUGACCUCACAGCUACCAUAUCAAGUCAGAGAUAGCAUAAAGGUUACUCCACUGGCAUUACUUCAAGUCAUGGAUUCAAUGGGGUUAAUUCCAGAAUCACAUUCAGAAGUGAUAGAAUCUGUAGGUUUGUUACCACGGCCACCAAGUGAAGUCGUGAAACCAAUGGAAGCCACGGAAACAGUGAGUGUAAGCCAAAACCCAUCACGUCAAGUCAUUAAAUCAGUGGAGGUAACCCCAAGAUCUCAGCAGCAAGUUAUGGAAUCAGGGAAGAUGACCUCAAGACAGCAGAAUCAAGUCAUAGGCAAUGUGAAGGUAACUCCUAUAGCAUUGCUUCAAGUCAUGGAUUCUAUGGGGAUGAUUAAAAAAUCACAUCCACCUAUCAUACAGUCAGAGGGAAUGACCCCAAGGAUGCAAUAUCAAGUCAAGGAGUCAGUGAAAAGGACCACAUUGUUGGACCAUGAAGUCAUACAACCAGGAAAGAUGAGUCCAAGCCUACAACAUGCAGUCAUGGAAACUGUGGAAAUGACCCCAGGGCCACAGCAUAAAGUUAUGGAAUCGGUGGACGUAACAUCAAGGCCACAAAGUCAAGUCAUAGAACCACUGACGAUUACUCCAAGGCCAAUAUGUCAAAAUACAAAAUCACCUGAAAUGAUCACCAGGCCAUUGCAUCCAGUGAUGGAUUACCUGGAAGUAACUCCAGUGACACUAUUACAAGCUAUGGAUUUCAUGGGGAUAAUUCCACCAACCCAGUCACAUGUUAUAGAAUCUGGGGGUUUGACUCCAGACACACAGUCUCAAAUUGCAAAUUUGACCCCAAGGGCAACUCAAUCAGAUGGUUUGACUUCUUCUUGCUCUCCUACUACUAUUGGUCCAUGUGGAGUGGUAGAAUCUGUGGGCUUACCUCCAAAGCUACCACCUAAAAUCAUGGAAUUGGUAGGAUUGAUUCCAAUGCCAUCACAACAAUCCAUACAUUCUCUAAAGGUAACUCCAACAGCACUGGGGUCACCCAUGGGAAUGAUCGUAGCACCACAGUCACAAGUUGUAGAAACUCAGGAUUUGACCCCAAGGCUAAUAUCUCAAGCCAAGGAAUCUCUGGAGUCAACUCCUGAGUCAUGCAUUCAAGUGCUAGACUCUGAGGGGAUGACUCCACAACCACAUCAUCAAAGAACAGAAUCUACGUCAUUAACCCCAGGACCACCUCAUCAAGUCAUGGAGUCUUCAAGGUUGACCCCAAGGCAUCAAAUUCUGGAGUAUUCAGAGAUGAGUCCAAGGCAAAGCCAUCACGUCACAGAAACUAUGGGUUUGACAUCUGACACCUGGCUACAAAUGGAGAAAUCUGUAGAGGUGACACAGUCACACCGUCAAAUGAUGGAAUCUUUAGGGACAAUCCCAAGGUCACUGGGUCAAGGUACAGAAUCUAUGGGAAUGAGCCAAAAGCCACUGCCUCAAGUCACAGAAUCUACAGAAAUGCUACAAGAUUCAUCACUGCUUCAAGAUGUGAAGUAUAUGGGGAUGAAGCCAAUGCCACAAUUUAAUGUUAUGGAUUCUAUGAAGUUAUCCCCAGGAUUGCAAAAUUUGAAAUCUGGGAAACUGAUCUUGGGACCAGAGUUGCAAAAUUCAAAAUCUAUAGACAUAACCACAGGUUCAGUUCCACAAAUGGUAAAAUAUGGACAGCUGAUCCCAACUGUGAACUCUAUAGAAUUGGCCCCAGAACUACAACUGCAGAGUAUAAAACCUGAUGAGUUGGCCUCCAUACCACAGCUGCAAAGUGAGAAAUCUGUGCAGUCAGCCCCAGGGUCUCAGCUUCAUGGUGUGAAAUCUAUCCAAUUGACCCUGGGACCACAACAACAAAAUGAAAAAUCUGCUGAGUUAGUCCCAGCACCACAGUUGCAAAGUAGGGAAUCUAUAGACUUGGUCCCCAGUUCACAGUUGCAAGGUAUGGAAUAUGUUCAUUUGGCCCUACCAUCAGAGUUUCCAGGUAUAAAUACUGUGGAGUUGACUCUAAGACCAGUACAAGAAGAUAUGAAAUCUGUGGAGCUUGCCCCAAAGCCAUGGUUACAAGAUAUAAGAUCUGAGGAGACAGCUCCUGUAUCAUUGCUUGAAGAUGUGAAAACUCCUCAAAUGGCAGAAAGUAGGAGGUUGAUUCCUGAGACACAGGUAGAAGAUAUGAAAUAUGAGGAACUGAUCCCAGGGGCACACAUUCAAGCAGUAAAAUCUGUAGAGUUGAACCUCAAACCGAACCAUCAAGUCACAGAACCUAAAGGAUUGACCCCAUGGCAUCAAGCUUCAGAAUCUUUAAGGAUGAUCUCAGAGCCAGGAUAUCCAGAAACAGAAGCAAAGUUUACCUCUGACACUUGUCACCAUGCAAAAGAAUCUAGGGAGUUGAUACAAUCAUCUUUAGGAAAUACUCCAGGGCCACUGAGCCAAGCUUCAGAAUUUAUGCAGAUGAACUCAAUGUCAUUCCAAGGUACUCUUGAGCCAAUGUUCCAAGGUGUAAAAGCCAUGGGAGAUACUCCAGUGUCACAGCACACAAUACAAGAAUCUUUAGAGUUGGUACCAGGAUCAGAGAUGCAAGGUAUGAAAUCAAAGAUGUUGACCCCAGAGUCCCAAGGUAUGAAGUUUGUUCAUCUGAAUCUAGGACCAUAUUCAGAAGUUAUGAACUAUGAGGAGUUGAUCUUGGAACCACAAUUUCAAAAUGUGAAAUCUGUUCCAUUGACCUCAGAACCACAGUCCAAAAGUAUAAAACCUGAGGAGUUGACUCUAGGGCCAUUAAUGCAUGAUAAUAAUUUUGUGGAUUUACACGUGCCACUGGAAGAAUCUAGUAGGUUAAUUCCUGAGACACAGUUACAGCAUGUUGAAUCAAGGAAAGUGACCAUGGAACCACAUUUACAAGGAUUGAAAUCUGUGGGUCUAACUUCCAGACCAAGGCAUCAAGACACAGAGCAUGCAGAGUUAGCUGCUGAGAUCUUCCCACAAGAGGAAGAAUCUGUGAAACUGAUCCCACAGCUAGUCUUGAAAACUGCUGGGGUGGUGCCUAGGCCACAUUUUCAAAAAUUUUCAGAGAUGACUCUAGGUCAAGGCUAUCAAGAUACAGAAACUGUGAGGCUGACUUCUGAGGCUUUGCCCCAAGUAGCAUUAACACAAAAACCAAUAGGUCAAGUUAGAGAAUCUACAGGAAUGACUCCUCUAAGGCCACAUCUUCAGGUUACAGAGUCAUCAGGGAUACCCCUAAGGUCAGAAUAUGAAAACACAGAAACUGUGGGGUUGGCAACAUUUCCAGUUGAAAACAUCCAGGAGGUAAUACCAGUACUACCAUAUUCAGAAAAAGGAUCUCUGGAGUUGACUUUAGGACCAGGGAUGCAACGUGAGAUAUCAGGGCCACUACUGCAAAAUUUGAAAUACGUGCAGUUAACCUCUGAGUCAUCCCCAUUAGCGGUAGGAUCUAAACAGUUUAUUACAGGACCAAAACCACAUGUUAUGGAGUUGACCCCAGAGCCACAGCUCCAGGCAGUAAAGUCUAGGCAGUUGGAGCCAGAGCCAAAAUUACAAGAUGUGAAAUAUGUUAAUUUAAUUCAACAGUCAACUACUACCAGAGUGGUAGAAUCAGAGAAGCCAAUACAAGAGCCAGUGCUACAAAGCAUGAUAUCAGAGGAAUUGACUAAGGAGGCACAGCUCCAAGGGCCACAGCUGCAUAGUGUAAGAUUUUCAGAGUUAUCUCCAGAGCUGCCACUUCAAGGAGAAAGACCUAUAGAUUUGAUCUCAGGGUCACCACAUCAUGGUGUGAAAUCUGAUGAAUUGACCCCAGGUUCCCCAGUGCAAGAAAUAAAAUUGUCAGAUUUUAUCCCAGGACCAAAACAUCAAAGUGUUGUAUCUGUAAAGUUGACUGCAGAAUCACAACCUCAAAGUAUGAAAUUUAUGGAACUAAACUCAGGACCAUGCUUGCAAUGUAUCAGAUUUUCUGAUUUGACCCCAGAACCAAAGCAUCAAGGUUUCAAACAUGUGCAGUUUAUACCAGGAACACAGCUUCCAGAUAUAAAGUCUGUAGGAUUUGUAACAGAGUCAUCUUUGCAGUCAAGUCAAGGGCUCCCAGCUGAAAAUAUGAAAUCUGUUCUGUCUGUUGAAGGAUCACAGUUUCACAGCUUGAAAUCUGUCAAACUGGCCUCAAAACUACAAUUUCAAGAUGUGAAAUCUGAGGAACUGAACCUAGGGUCAAGGCAGCAAGAUGUCAAAUUUUCUGAAUUGACUUCAGGGCCAAAGCUUCAAGGUGUCAAAUCUGGGGAGCAAACCCCAGGACCACUGUCUCAUAGUGUGACUUCUGUGGAGACGACUCUAGAGUUAGGGCUUCAAGAUUCUAAAUCAGCAAAGAUGUCUCCAGGGCUUCAAGGUGUGAAACAGGUGGAGCCACGGCUACAAGAUGUCAAAUUUUGUGAUCUGACAUCAGGAACUCAAACUCAAGGUGUGAAAUCUUCAGAGUUCAACUCAGGGCAACAACAACAAUAUGUGAAUUUUUUUGAGUUCACUCCAGAGCCAAAGAUGCAAGGAGUAAAAUCUAUGAAGUUGACCCCAGGACCUGAGCAGCAAGGCGUUAAGCCUGAGAUGUUAGUACCAGAGCCACUGUUUCAAGGUGUAAAAUGUGUGGCAGUAGACCAAAUGUCAAGCUUUGAAGGUGACACUUCAUAUAAAUUAGUCUCAGAGCCACACAUACCAGAUGCAAAAUCUAUGGAGUUGACUCCUAGACCGCAGUUGCCAAGUGUAAACUAUUCUGAGUUGACCAGAAGACCAUGGUUACAAGUUGUGAAAUCUUCUGAAUUGAUCCAAAGACCACCGUUGCAAGAUGUAAAACCUGUAGAGUGGACCCCAAUCUCAAAGCUUCAAGGUUUACAGUCUGAGGCGCUAACGCCAGAGCCACAGCUGGGAGAUACGAAAUCUGUGGAGUUAACACCAGGGCCACAUUUGGGAAGUAUGAAAUCUAUGCAGUUAACAUCAAAGCCACAACUGGGAAAUGUCAAAUCUACAGUGUUAACCCUUGGGCCACAGGUGCGAGAUGUGAAACCGGUAGAGAUGACCCCAGGCUCAAAACUUCAUGAUUUGAAAUCUGAGUUGUUGAUCUCAGAGUCAGAGUUGAAAGAUCUGAACUCUGUGGCCUUGACUCCAGGACAAUGUCCAAGAGGUAUGAAAUCUACGUUGCUAACCCCAAGUCCACAGCUGGAAGUUAAGAAAUCUGUGGAGAUAACCUCAGGGCCACAGAUAGAAGAUGUCAAAUUUUGUGACCUGACAUCAGGAACUCAAACUCAAGGUGUGAAAUCUUCAGAGUUAAACUCAGGGCAACAACAACAAUAUGUGAAGUUUUUUGAGUUCCCUCCAGAGCCAAAGAUGCAAGGAGUAAAAUCUAUGAAGUUGACCCCAAAUCUUGAGUCACAAUCUCAAGGGGUCAAAUCUGUAAAGUUGAAAUCUUCAAUACAGCUAAGAGAUGUGAAGUCAUCUGAAUUGCCUCUGGGGCCAAAAAUUCAAGGUGCAACAUAUAUGAAGUUCAACCUUGGGCCACAGUUGCAGAGUGUGGAAACUCCUGAGGUAUCCCCAGGACCACAGCUGCAAGAAGGAAAAUUUUUGGCAUCAACCUCAGAGCCACAGCUUCAAGGUAGGAAAACUGUGGAGUUACACCAAAAGCCACAGCUUGAAAGUAUGAGAGCUGUUCAGUGGAUGCCUGCACUAGUGUUUCAAGGUGUGAAAUCUCUGCUAAAUCUUGGGUUGCAAUCUCAAUGUGCCAAACCAGCAGAGUUGAAACCUUUGAUACAAUUAAGAGAUAAGAAGCCAUCGGUAUUGACUCCAAGGCCAAAGCUCCAAGGUAUACAAUCUCUGGCAUCACUCCAAGAACCUCAGCCUCAAGGUCUCAAUUUGAAACCUUGUCUACAGUUUAGAAGUAAGAAAUCAUGUGACCUGACUUCCACGUCAAAGCUCUGUGAUAUAAAACCCAUGAUGUUCAAAUCUAGACCUCACUUGCAUGAUGGAAAAUCUCCUAAGUUGAUCCCAGGACCAUGGUUUCAAGAAGGGAAACCAUUACCAUCAUCCCCAGGAACACAGCUUCAAGGUGUGAAGUCUGUAUUGCUUACACAAGAGCCAGAGUUUCCUGAGGUGAAAUCUGGGGUAUUAAGCCAAGAGUCACAAUUACAAAGUGAUGAAACUAUAGAGUUGAACUCCCUACUACACUUGAAAAGUAUGAAGUCAUCUGAGUUGACUCUUCAGACAGAGCUUCGAGGUGUGAAAUCUGAGGAUUUCAACAGUGGGCCACAGUGGCAAGGCCUAAAAUCUUCUAAGUCACCACUUGAGACAAAGUCCCAAGAUAAGAAGUUUAGUGAGUUCAUCUCUGACUCACAGUUGCAAGGUACAACAUUUUCUAAAUUGACUGUGGGGAAAAAGAUCCAAGGUGUCAAAUCUACAGAUUUCAACCCUGGGUCAUUGUUACAAGGUGUGAAAUCUUCUGGAUGGACCUCAAAGAUAAAGCUUCAAGAUGUAAAACAUAAAGAUUUCAGCCCCAGUCCUCAGUUGCAAGUUCUGAAAUCUUCUGAGCUGAUUCUGGGAUCAAAGCUUCAGAAUGUGAAAUUCGUGUUCAACUGUGAGCCACAAUUGCAAAGAGUGAAAUCUUCUAAAUUAAUCUCAGACUCAAAGGUUCAAGAUGUGGAAUCUGUGAAGUCCAAAUCUGGGCCACCAUUGCAAGGUGUGAAAUCUUCUGAGUUGAUACUGGGGACAAAGCUUCAAAAAGUGAAAUCAGUGGAAUUCAGGUCAGGUCCACAGUUGGAAGAUAUGAAAUCUUCCAAAUUAAUCACAGGUAUAAAGCUUCAAGAUGUAAAAUCUAUGAAUUUCAGGUCUGGACCAAACUUGCAGGGUAUGAAAUUGUCUGGAGUUAUCCCAAGGGAAAAGCUUCAAGGUGUGAAGUCUGUAGAACUGAAACCUAGUCCAAAGUUACAAGGUGAGAAAUCUUCUGAUUUGACUCUGGGGAGGAAGUUUCCAGGUGUGAAAUCUGUAGAGUUGGACUCAGGCCCACACUUACAAGAUAUGAAAUGUUCUGAGCUGAUCAUGGGUAUAAAGCUUCCAGAUGUAAAAUCUAAGCCGUUAAGUUCUAGACCACACUUUCAAGGUAUGAAAUCUUCUGAAGUGAUCCCAGGGACAAAGCUUCCGAAAGCGAAAUCAGUGUUCAACUCUGGACCACAGACACAAAGCAAAAAAAUUUCUGAGUUGAUUCAAGGGACAAAGCUUCAAGAUGUAAAAUCCUUAGAGUUUAACUGUGGACUGAAGUUACAAGGUGGGAAAUCUGAUUUAACCCAGAGGAGGAAGCUUCAAGGUGUGAAAUCAGUGGAGUUCAACCCUGGACCACAGAGACAGGGUGAGAAAUCUGAUUUGAUGCUAGAGUGGAGGCUUCAAGAUUUGAAAUCUCUUGUUCCAUGGUUGCAAGGUGUGACAUCUUCAGAGUUAACACCAGAGACAAAGCUUCAAAGUGGAGAAUCUGUGGAGUUCAUCACCAGGCCAGUGUGGCAAGAUAUGAAACCUUUUGAAUCGACUCUUGGUACAAAGGUACAAGAUGUGAAAUCUUUGGGGUUUAACUCAGCUCCACAGUUACAAGACAGGAAAUUGUCUAUGUUGACACCAGAGGCACACCUUCAAGGUGUGAAAUCUAUGGAAUUCAACCCUGAGGCAAAAUUGCAAGGUGCAAAAUCUUCUGAACAUAUAAAGCUUCAACUAAUGAACUCUACAGAGGUCAACCCUGGUCUAGAAUUCAAGGUUGCAAAACCCUCUGAGUUGGCCUUGGAAUCAAAGAUUCAUAGUGGAAUAUUGUCUGAGAUCAGUGGUAGAAAGCAGUGGCAAGAUGAGAAAUCUUAUAAGUUGAAUCCAUGGCCAGAACUUCAAAGUGUAAAAGUCAUGGUGUUCAAUCCUGGGACACAUUCACAACAUAUAAAAUCUUCAGAAUUAUGUAAAGGGACAAAGCUUCAAGAUGUGAAAUCUUUGGAAUUCAAUCCUGACCAACAGUUGCAAGAUGUGAAAUCUUCUGAUUUUUGUCUGGGAACAAGGCUUCACGAUAUUCAAUAUUUCGAGUUCAAUCCUCGACCACAGUUGCAAGAGGUAAAACCUGAGUUGAGCACAGGAAUGAAGCUUCCAGAUGAGCAGUUUCUGGAAUUCAAGCAUAAGCCUAAAUUACAAGGUGGGAAAUGCUCUGAACAGAAUCCAGGGCCACAGUUUCAGUGUGUAAAUUAUAUGCCAGUCAAUACUGGGUCACAGGUGCAAGGUAUAAAGUCCUCUGGGUUGAAUCCUAGUCCACAGCUUCAAGGUAGAAAACCUAAGGUGCUCUGCAUUGGGCCUAAUUUGCAAGGUGUGAAUUCUUCUGCAUUCAUUUCAGAACCAAAACUUCAGUGUGUAAUUUCUACUGGAUGCAACCCUGGGCCACAUUUGCAAGGCACAAACACUUCUGAAUUAACUUCCAUUUCAAAACUUCAAGGUAUGAAUUCUUCUAAGUUAAAUUCUGAGAUCCCAGGAGUGGAUGUCAUAUCUAACGAAAGGAUUAAGAGGAAACAGGUGGAGGAGUCAGGGAGCACAUUCUGGAGCCUUUCCCACCAUCCACCACAAAACUGGAGAUCACUAUCUAGGAUCUUCCAGGCAGGAUCAGGGGCUCGAAGAGGCCUUACCUGGCCUGUCCUGGGCAGACGACGGAAUGUCUGGGAGAGUCGCUCCUGGAGGCAGCGACUGCCUCGAAAAUACCUCUCCAGUAUGCUAACGCUGGGCAAUGUCUUGGGGACCAGCAUGGAAAGGAAGCUUUAUUCUCAAACAUCUUUAACAGAAAGAGCCACUGCAGAUACCUGUCAAUCUAUUCAGAAUUUAUUUGGGGUUCCAGUUGAAUUGAUGGAAUUUUCCCAGAGUCUGCUUGAGAAGGGUCAAGGUACUAUUUCUCAGCCUUCAGUUGUCAAAAACUACAUUCAGAGACAUACUUCAUGCCAUGGUCAUGAGAAAAGAAUGGCCUUAAGGAUGUGGACACGUGUCUCCAUGUCCUCCAUAAUACAGCACUACUCUGGCACUAGAGUGAGAAUAAAGAAAACAAACUCAAAGCCCUGUGAUACCUCCCAGGAAGUCACUCAGCACAUGCCUGUUUCAUGUACAGGGAGUCAGCUUUCUGCCCCAGCAAAGUCAGAGUCUUCCUUCAACGUAUUUUUUGCUAGGAGAGCUUCUGUUCCAGUGGAAGAGAGUAAGAACUCACAGAGUGAUUCACAGACAAGGAUUUUUGAGUCCCAACACUCCCUCAAGCCAAGUUAUCUUCCCCAGGCCAAGUCUGACUUCCCAGAACAGUUCCAGCUUCUACGAGAUCUGCAGCUAAAAAUAGCAGCAAAACUGUUAAGGAGUCAGAUACCCCCCAACGUACCUCCACCUUUAGCUUCAGGUCUGGUUCUAAAAUACCCUAUCUGCCUACAGUGUGGCCGAUGUUCAGGAUUUAAUUGCUGUCAUAAAUUACAGGCCACUUUUGGAACUUAUCUUCUUAUCUAUCCACAGCUUCACCUUGUAAGCACUCCUGAAGGCCGUGGAGAGAUCAGGUUGCGUCUUGGCUUUAGGUUGCAGACUAGGAAAAGACCCCAAGUCCCAGAGUAUCAUAGAAGAGGUAGACCCAUCACACCAAGGAGCCUUAGAUCAACAUCACUAAGGAAAGCUAAAGGCUAUACUCAAGCUUCCAAGAGUCCUACUUCUACAAUAGAUUUCCAGUCUGGGUCUUCCCAGUGUCCUGCUCCUAUACAAGUCCACAUCAGGCGAAGGCAAGGCGGCAGCCCUGGCCUAGUAGAAAAGACAGAAAUUAGAGAGGCUGGACACUAUGGAUUCACUGAAGUUCACUCUCUAUCAGAGAGUGACUCUGAAAGCAAUCAGGAUGAAAAGUGGGCUAAAGUGAGAACAAAAAGGACCCAUGAUUCAAAACAUCCAAUGAAAAGAAUCCUCAGGGAAGUCAGAACACAAAACACAAAGUUCUACACAAAUAGUACAGCCAUAAUACAGAGGUCCUCUAAGGAAUUACCAAGCCAGUUAAGAAGGAAGAGGUGUGGAGCGUCUCAGACAACUACCGCCUCUUCAAAAAGACAACCUAAGAAAUCUUCCCCACCAAAAUUCAUUCAACUCCUUUUUCGGGGCCUAAAGCAGGCAUUCCAAACAGCACACAGAAUUAUGGCUUUGGUUUGUGUUGUAGUAUCUUAGGACAGGGCCGAAAGUAAGCUCAUCACACGACAUGAAUUGUGCCGAAGCACAGCAAUAGAGGGCUGCCGCUCGCUCAGGCAAAAGAGCGCCGUCUGUCCUAACUUAUAUUAAAGGAUUAUAUAGAUUUACACUUUAAGACUUGUUUUCUUAACAUUUCAGAAGUGCCAAAGCAGCAACCUAUGUUUUUAUUAAUUAUACAAGCAAUAAUUGGCUUUCGUGAGCACCUGCCGUGCUUCGUCCUUGAGCGCAAGAACAGCACAAAGUUCCCACCAUUAUUUGGGUUAUACUGAAGUAGCACAAGGACAUUUCCUUGCGUU